AAAAUUCUUCAAUAAAAACUUCUUUCUUUUUUUUAUUUUAAUUUUUGAUUAUUCUAGUUUGGCAGCAUCAAUUAUUUAAAUGUAUUCAAGUAUCUUGUCAAGGAGUAAAUACAUGUAUAACAAAUUUAAAUCAUUUAACAACAGUUGCUGAUAUAAUAAAUGCAUUACUUGAUAAUUUAUCUGAAAAAGAAUAUUUAACUAUAGAUGAUUGUUCGUUAUAUAUGGAAUAUCAAUCUUAUUUAAUCAUUUUAAAAACUACAGAUUUUAUUCAAGAUAUUCUUUAUCAUUAUUCAUUAUUUGAUAUUCAUUUUAAAUUUGAAUUUAAACAUAAUUUAUCAUCAUUACGUUUUGCACAACGUAAAAAAAUUCUUCGAACAUCAGUAAAACAUUCAUUAGGAAUUGAUCCUUAUCAACAAUUAAAAAUACAAGAAUUAGUAAUUCAAAAACAACAAAAUAUCAUUAAUCAAUUAAUAAAAAUUAAUAAUGAUAAAAAACAAAUAAAUACAAGACAAUCACGACAAGAUGAAUAUUAUAAAGCUAUUAAUAAUCGAGAAACGAUGAAAUCAAGUCGUUCUUUAUCUCGUGUUCGAUUUCGUUUGUCAACAAUAACACAGAAACAUGAAACAACAUCUACAUCAUCAACAAUAAUAAUACCACAAGUGAAAAGUAUUUUAAAAAAAUCACCAAUUCAACGAACUUCAAGUGUUGAUCGUGAUAUUGAUCGAUUAAUAUUGUUGAAACAAGGAGAAAAUUGUUUGUGUUUAUCUAAUGAUGAGAAUUUAUCAGAACAAAGUAUUACUGAUUCAUGUUUAGGUUCACUUUCAGCUGAAGAUAGUACGACUUAUUCUAUUAAACAACAUCAACUCGAAACUUUUGUUUGA